GAAAUACGAAAAACAACCUGGAAGUCUGACUGACCAAACUGGAAAGGCCUUCGUGGUUUCAUUGGCACAGCUGAUUAGUGAUUACGUUCUCUGUGUGCAUAUUUGCUAGUGAAAUUUUGCGUUUCUUUAAUGUGGUAAAAAUGAAAAUAUGAUCGUUUCUUUCAUUGGUCUCGUUGCCUUUUUUUAGGAAAUUCUCCUUAAGAAAUCUCAUGGAUUUAGUAUGAAGUGGAAAACUUUGUUGUACUUCUAAUCAUCAAAAAGCUAGAUUUAUUAAGCCAAUAAUCAACUUGAAAAAUGCAUUCACCUUCUUCUCAAAUACUUAUGCGUAAAGGAAAAAGAGGGGCCGCAGUGUAUGUACAGUCUGAAUGUAGUAGAACCACAGAUCCACAACAUCUUAAAGACUUACUUAGUACACUUUUAAAUCCCCAAAAACCAAUAGAGGAGUUAGAGACAGUGGACUGGAUCAAAUGGUUGAUUGCUGGUGGAAAAACUCCUGUUGAGUUUUCUUCUAUUGUGAGAAGAUAUGACAAUGGUACAACUUGUGGCCUUGUUUGGACAGCAAAUUUUGUUGCUUAUCGUUGCAGGACCUGUGGAAUCUCCCCUUGCAUGUCACUAUGUGCAGAAUGUUUUCAAAAGGGAAAUCAUGAGGGACAUGAUUUUAAUAUGUUCAGGUCACAAGCUGGCGGUGCAUGUGACUGUGGAGAUACUAGUGUCAUGAAAGAAGCAGGAUUUUGUGAGCGGCAUGGGCCACAUGCUCACAUAGGGAAACCCAUUCUGCCACCUGAACUGCUUGCCGUUUCACAAGCUGUAAUGCCGUUAAUUAUCCUAAGAUUGAUUCAGCAUUUGAGAUCCCAUAGCAUCCCUGAUAUUUUGGAAGAUCAGCUUCAAUCAGUUCAAGAUGCUGACUGUUUCAUCACAAUGCUGCAUGACUAUAGUGGAAUGGGAGCAGCCAUGAGACAUGUCAUGACAUCGGCGCUAAUUAAUCCACAACUUUAUGCUCAGUUGACUGAAAUUCCUUCGGUUGAUUCUGAAUAUGCUCAGUUCAUGAAAGAAGCACAAAGGAUGUAUGAAAAAUCCUUGAAAAGUCUUCCAGGUCCUGAACCACCAGAUGAAUAUAAAGCGUAUCCUGCUCUUCAAGAUUCUCUUGUUCAUCGUACUUUUCUCGAAGAACUAGUAUUUUGGACUGUGAAAUUUGAGUUUCCUCAAAAACUGGUGUGUCUUCUAUUAAAUAUGCUACCUGAUCCAGAUUAUAAGGAAGCGUUCACUCGUGCCUUUGUGCUGCAUUAUGCGCGAAUAUCCCGCCUGCUGGUGGGGUCGUCAGAUCCCGACACACUUAGCAAUCGUGUCGUACAUGUCAGUGUCCAGCUGUUCAGUAAUGAAGAAUUAGCUACAAAAAUGGCCGAAGAGUUGCAUCUCUUACAUGUGAUGGUUGUAUCUUUGCGGGAUAUGAUGAGCAAAAUUCUUGUACCUAGUACUCUGCAAGAUGCCAAGAAAAACUUUCAUUUUGUGGUGGAUUGUUCCAAGCAUGUCAUGCGAGACCAUUGCUACUGGCCACUUGUUUCCGAUUUGAGCAAUUUAUUGUCCCAUCGACCAGUGGCGUUGCUGUUUCUUUCGGAUGACAGUUUGUUGGAAAUGUGGUUUUCGUUCCUCAGUAUGUUUCAAGGGAUGAAUGUAAAUCAGCGAGAGCUAAGUACUCACGUUGAAUUUGAACCAAAUACAUACUAUGCUGCUUUUUCCGCUGAGCUAGAAGCGCCUGCCUCCGCGAUGUGGGCGUUGGCAAUUCAUUUGCGGGAUACCGGCUCCGUUCAUCUCACUAAAAUGUUGUUAAAGCAUUGCUUAGCGGCAUUGGAAGAGUGGCUCGAAGCUAUCAAUUUUAAAUGUCCCGAACAGACGGACCCGUAUCAAGUUAGCUUUCACAUCCCCCUUCAUCGUUAUCUAGCUGCUUUCACAUGCCAAGCUGUUCGGGCGCAAGGAAUACUUUUGAAAGAUGCGUUACCCCCAGCCAGCCUCCUCCAACUGAUUAUGAUGCAUCCUCUUCGCAUUCAGGCUGCAUUCUAUGAAAUUCUUUCUGGACUUUGGGUACGAAAUGGAUUGCAAAUCAAAGGACAAGCGAUGUCUUACAUCCAAUGCCAUUUUGGAAAUUCUAUGGUUGACGCCGAUAUCUAUCUCCUUCAAAUUUGUGCUACACAAUUGUCGCCCACGUUUGUCUUACCAAUCAUUUUCGAAAGAUUUCAUGCCAUGGAACUGCUUUCCAUGAACCCUUUGCUGAAGUCGAAUUUUUUAGAAGGAGAACAAGAAGCCGCAAUGUUGGAAAGUUGUCUUACGUUCAUCGCCAGCCUCAUGUCUAUUCGAACCAACAUAGGUGCAAAUGAGUCAGACCUUGAUCGGUUAGAAAUGGUGUCUCUCUUGUGUAUGAGUGACCGUACACACAGCCAGCUAAUGGAAUUGCUACCCGAGAAAUGCGGUGCGCCGCAGAACAAAGAUUUUGACGCCAUUCUUGCACAGGUCGCCGACUACAAGGCACCUAAUUUCGAAGCGAGUGGCUCUAUGCAACAAGGAAUGUAUGUACCGAAAGCAGUUGUCUGGGAACAAUUAUACGACCCCAUAUACGUACUGCUACGGGCCGUGCACCGAAGAGACUUUCAAACGUCAAUGGAUCGAUUUACGCAAUAUGUUAGACAGAGCGGUCUCUACCCCAGUUAUUCGUCUGGUACUCUAUGGCCUCCUUUUCGUCUACCUAUUGCCACGCAUCCAAAUUACGAGGAUCCUCGCAAACUUCUUUUGUCAAGGACCUUCCAUGCAAUGUUAUUCGUCUUGCUGUAUAAGGCUAUCAAUGCCCCCACUCUCGUGAGCGAGCAAUCUCUAGCUUUGGUGAUAUAUCUAUUGGAUAUGGCCGUGUCUUUGCUUCAUCAGUCGACAACGCAAGGAAAUGAGGUUUGCAUUCGGGAACCCAUUGUCCAUUUACUUGAUGAUCGCGUCGACCUUCAACUGAGUGAAUGGUUUUCCACCGAUAACUUGGUCGAGAACGUUAUCACCGUUGUCAACAACGUGACGUUAGCUACUUCGACAGCAGUUGUCGCCAAUAGCACUGAAGCUGCAGAACUGGAUUUAGAAUCCUCGGCGUCCUCCGCUUCUUCUACUUCGGAAGGAGAGUCAAGUGAUCAGGACAUGGAUUUGGAUGUCCCUGAAGCGAGCGGAGGAAAUGUUUUGCUCGCUUUACCGGAAACAGAUUCUCUAGCCUUGGUACCAGUUGUUUCCAGCAGAUCUGUGGUUUCCUCGGACGUGGCCGCUAUGUCAGUGUAUCGAAACCCAAGCCGUAUAGGCAACUCAUCUCACUUUCGGGUUAUGCCUGCAUUGUCGGCCGUUAACCAGGCGAGUAUGGUUAUAGCUGGAGCCAUUUCUCCAACCCCCGCCUUGGCCCAGCUACCGUACUCCAAUAUCCGCGCCAUCACCGCUGGAAACGAAGUCACCAAGUACACCAACCAAAUCUCAGUCGACUCCAACUUAUCUGACACCUCGCCCGGCAUGUCCACUAUACAGUACGACGAAGGGCCGGAAAGUGAUAACCAACACGAGCGCCUGUGUGUUCGAGAGUCCAUCAUCUCUCUUUUGCUACGGCUUCAUUCGUCCUUCAGUGGCCAUAGUGAUAGCUAUCGUCUUCCUCAAUCUCUGAGCCAAGAUACUGACGCGGGCCGUACAGCCGAUGAGGAUGGCAGAAUCGGCAACGGCGCUUUUUGGAUUGGCAAAGUACUCGAUAAGCUCAGCCGAACUGAUCCCCGUGUGAGACAGGCCAUUAUUUCGACGAAGCUUACUCUGUGGCCGCCACGCACCGCCGAAGAUCGUUUGCCUAGCGAAACUGCCGACGAACUGAGGGAAAAGGAGAAAAAGAGGAAGAUCAAAGAAAGACAACAGCGCUUACUGCAGGAGUUUGCAACUAAGCAGAAACAAUUCAUGCAGCAAGCGAUGGCUGCCGAAGAUGUCGAAAUGGAUCUGGAGGCCAAUGCGAUGGGUUCCACGUCUUCCAGUGCGGCCUCCUCCGAGGCUACCGCCUGCCAAUCAUCAGGAUCGUCGGCAUCCAUGCCGAAGCCGUCUUCCGCAGCGGACUCGUUUACUAUGCAUUCGUCGUAUCCAACAACAAAUGAGGGAAGUAGCUCCGAAGAAUAUGAUUGCGUCAUUUGCAACCAGGCGUCGCCGAGUACUUCCGAACGUCCCAUGUGCCUCGUUGUCUUGCUCCAGGCGACGAGUGUCUUGGCGCACAAGCGCUCGGGGCCGUGCGGAUCGAGUCUCGCGUUGCCCGUCUGCGAAGAAGAUCGCUUCAACCUGGACAAGGUGGACUCUCUGCACGUCGAAAUGAGCCGACGCGUGGAGAAUCUACGCCAACACUUUGACGAAAGCUCAUGGCUGACGUGCCUCAACAUAGGCUACGAAGGAGGUGUCUACGUUCAUACGUGUGGCCAUUAUUUGCAUCUGGAUUGUCAUAAACAGUAUCUGCAAUCGCUGAGGUCGCAACAAAGGCAGCAGAGUCUCAAUGUCGAGAGGGGUGAAUAUUCGUGUCCCCUUUGCAGGCAGUUAGCGAAUUCGGCUCUACCUAUCGCCACCAAGCUUUACGGUAGUGGCAGAGGACGACCGCAUGAAGCACUCGGCGUCGUCUCCUGUCUCACCCAAGCCAGCGAAGAAGUGAAGAACAUGUUUGCCAGCGAACCUUCAAUAUCGCCGCAUCUUGGAUCGAACCUGAUGGAGGCGAUGGGGCGGGUGAUGGAAGACAUGACAAAUGCGACCUUUCCGCACUUUAGGCAAAUCACCUCAACACCUAGUCCAGCUAGUCUCUUCCUCUUUGUCCAGUCGAUAGCGCGGACGAACCUCGAAAUCGAACUGAUGCAAAGAGGUGACUCUAUCAUUCAAAGUUCAGGGCUGAUCGCUGGCUCGUCUGGCUCGUCUGGCUCGUCUGGCUCGUCUGGCUCGGGUUGCGCUUCACUAUCCAGCGCAGCUUCGAAUAUGAAUGCUCAAGUGAUGGGCGAGACGAGCCCAACGCCCGGAGCGUCGAGCGCCAGCUGGAUCAGCCCUGGCUUGGAGCUGCGAUUCUCCUCAUCGCCAACGCCUGGCGCUUCCAGCAUGGGGUCGUCUUCCCAAAGUGUCUCCCACUCAACUUCCCCCUGGUCUCUCCUACCGAAAAGAUCGUGUUUACUACCUUUGCUUCACGUUUUGGCGACGCACAGCAAAAUACUGAACACGCGAUCCUACCAACACACUUGGUCGCGGAUAGCUGGAAUCGAUCACACCGACUCGUUCAGCCACAGCUUGGCGCGCACAACCGAAAUGGAUGUGCCCCUGCUCAUUCAAGACGUUCCGUGCCUUCUUAUUCAGAUGGUCUUGGUACUCCCGCUUCCCGUCGAGCGGCGGCAUUUCGUUUGCCUAGUGCAGCGACUCUUCAAUCUGACCAUGGUUCAGAUCGUCACGCAGCUCAGUUGCCGUUUAGGCGAGAAAAAGAGGAAGGCUUACAAGACGCUGUCCUUGAGCGAUUGGAAUAUUGCUGCACUGAUGUCGUUCAUUAUCAGCAAGAUGGAAGAUGUCCACCUCUACAGGGACGAGGAAAGCGACGUUGAGUUUAACGACAAUUCGGCGUUGAAUGUCGAGGGCGACAUUCAACAGCCGUUAUACAAAAUGGCUCUACAUUUUCUUCGCAUCGCAUGCUUAUUGCAGUUUCACUUGUUUGGUGAUUCGCUUCCCUCGUCGGGGAUCAGUCAUACUGAUCACGAGGAGUUCGUCGAACUUUGUUCAUACUUGAAUAUCAGUUAUGAGAUGAAAAUUGACACCUGCCUAGCGCCUAACGCUGUCAUUGGCUACUGGUGCCACGAAUUCGGCGCUUUCCUCGCUAAUUCCAGGAGCCUAUUGGCGGCCAAUGAUCUGCUGAUGCAACAUCGUCAAUGGAGGGGACCGCGGCUUCUGACGCUUCCCAAUUCCUACGAUACUCUUUUCAAGUUUUAUCAUCACAAAUCUUGUCCGCAAUGCAAGUCUGUACCGAAGGAGCCUAGUCUGUGUUUGGUGUGCGGAGCCCUUGUUUGUCUGCGAGAAAAUUGUUGCAAGGAGGAAAACGUUCACGAAGCUGUGCAGCAUUCGAUUGACUGUGGAGCUGGCACAGCCAUCUUUCUUGCUAUAAAUAGCUCAACUAUUAUCGUUAUCCGAGGAAAACGAGCUUGUCUUUGGGGAUCAGUUUAUCUGGACGCAUUUGGAGAAGAAGAUCGUGAACUGAAGCGCGGCAAACCACUUUAUUUAAGUAAGGACCGCUACGCAUUGCUCGAAAGCCAGUGGUUAUCACAUCGUUUUGAUCAUACCAGCAAGAAGUGGAUUUGGCACCGCGAUGUUUUGUAAACUUAAAUUGGCUACACUUCACUGAGAACUGUCAUGAUACACUGUUGCGGACACCUAUUUAAUGUACUGAGUGAGUUAUUUAUAUCGCCUCUUAAUUUUGUAACCGAACUACUUGUACUGUAGAUACAACCACCAUUAACACAUUUUCUCUUCCGCGCUUUAAAUGGUUGUGUUGAGCUUAUUGUUUUUCUUUCGUCUUAAAGUAUACAUCAUGUUGUAAGCAGUUGGGAUCGAACGAUAUCGCUUAUUGGCCUGAGAAAAAUUCGACAGUACUUAGACUUUGACUACCCUUGAGGUUAUCGUUCAAAUGUUGUUGAACGGAAAGCUAGCCGUUCUUGGCCUAUGACAUUCAUAUCACACUUUAUGGCUUCUCGUAAUAUGGUUUCUCAAUGCAGCAGUUCUGGGGUGCGCAGUUCAAAUAUCGAACCAUUCAACUUUAGACUGUCGUUUGCUGAGUAGACGAUACUCAGCCAACAGAAGUUACAUACAUUACUCAAAGCUUUGCUGACUCGCACAUCAAUGUUAAGCCUUCAAUUUUUAAUUAAAUUUUACCCACGGGUCUAGUAUCAGUUUAUCAUACAAGCCGCAGCUAGCCUUUUUUCAUCCAUAAUUUUUUUAUUUCAGUUGCAUUUCUGUGAAUCUAUCGACAUGUAUGUAUACCUAAACAUUACCCAACAGAAAAAGUUAAACAUCACCCGUGUUUCUCGAGGUUUUAACAUGGUGCUGUGUGGCACUACGUCGCCCCGUUCCACUUUGUCUAUUUACUUUUGGGGACCUGCGAAGUUGUUGAAUUAAAAUAAAAAUCAGCGUUACUCCCCAAAACUUAGUUUGGAAUGUUUAGAUAGGAGGCCAAUUCAAUGCGUUGACGGGGGGUAUGAGAUCAAGUGUUCAUAUGGUUAAUCAUUUUCCCUAUACUAAUGCAAGGUGAAUAGCCCUUUUUCGAAAAUAAAUAAAAUUUAUAAAUACCUCUGCGGUGUUGAUAAAGGCGUAAGUCUCCUCGAGAUAUGAUACCUUAUGUCAACGCCAGUAUAUUAUUAUUUUAGAAAACAACAUCAUGCAGUGGCUAGAAAAAGCUAGAGAAGCGGCAAACCUAAGCUUAUUACAAAGAAACAAAUCUGUUCGAAGUAAAAACACCUUUAUUUAUUUGAAUUUUUUCCAUGCAACAAAACAACAGGGAAAGUAGUUGAAAAAUCAGAACCAACGACGCUUCGUUCGGAACAUCCCCGUUGUCGUUUCUUUGAAAAAAUUUGUUUCAACGUAGAAAUGUAAAUUCUUUGUCCAUUCGAUUUUAUUUCCAGGCUCUGCAUGAAGUGGUUUUUGGGUAGUAGACUGCCCUUGCAGUACACGUCAUACUCUUGUCAUGCACCACAUUUUGUGUUAUUAUUAGCACAAAAGAAAUGUCUCCUAUUUUCGAAGAAGGAUUAUUUGCUCACGCAAAGUAAAAGAAAAAAGCAUGAGCAAACUGAAAUCACUGAUUUGAUGAGAAUUGGUCACGUCCUUAAACGCAAUUGUUUUUCCUUUUCACCAAAGCAUUCCUCGUUUAAUAAUGAAUAAUAACGUUUAAUUACGUACUCGUUUAAUUUCAAUAAUAAACCUCAAUUAAAGCUGAAUUUCAUUUCAAUCCAACGAAAAAUUGGGUCGGGCGAAAAUAAAUUACGUGGUGCCAGUAGGAUCGACGCUAAAAACGCGGGAAAAAUGGGGGACUAAUUUCAAUUCUUCUGAUGAGUAGGAAUGAAUAAGGCUAAUGCAGGUUACAUACAAUGACAAGCAAAUGAACGGACUGCUAUAUGACUACAGCUUUGUGCAUAAUAUGUCUACAUCUGUCAAGUGUUUGCCUUAAGUUCCUUGAAAUCAUGACAUUAUACGCUUCGAAGGUUUAUUGUUUGCAUGAAUGCAAUGUGUGAACUCGAUACCAAUAAAGAAUUUUGACAAAUUA